AUGACUUACAACUCUCGGGAUGUCUCUCAGGACCGUUGCCAGGACGCUAAGGCAGCCGUGGAGCAGGCCGCCAAGCACCUCGUAGACGUGACGUUGGAGCACGCAAGUGAUAUGGAGACUUGCGGACGCAGCCAUGGGGCUUCGGACAAGAAGGAUAUGAUGUCUGCAGCAGCGUCUCCUGCCGCAGCGUCUCCUGCCGCACCGUCUCCUGCCGCACGGUCACCUGCCGCACCUUCUCCAGCCAUGCCGUCUCCCGUCGCGCGGUCUCCAGCCGCACCGUCUCCCGCUGCACCGUCUCCAGCCAACUUCAAGGAUAACGUGGACGUGCACGCUAAGGCAGGUGCGGUAGAUACCAGUGCAUACUCGCUAAAGACGCCUGCUACACCUGCUGUGGACACGCGUGACUUCCACUUUGAUACGGGUGCGGCUGGUUCUGCGUUGAAGGAUGCGAAAGAUUCGGCAGUAUCUCAGGCGAAGACAGGCUUCGAAGCGGGUCGGCAAGACGCCGAUCAGCUUGGGUCUGCCGCCGCAGAUGCCCUGGACCGAGGGAUGGAGGGUGCGAAGCAGGUUGGCCAUGACGUGAAGGACUCGGUAACUUCUUUCGCCAAGUCGGGUUACGACGCUGCCAAGUCGGGAUAUAACUCUGCCAAGUCGGAGUACGAUUCUUCCGGGAACUACAACAUGGGUUCGUCCACGAACAAUUCAUCCAUGGGUUCGUCUCUAUACGACUCGUUCCAGUCUGGAAAGGCGGCGGCGGAAAAGAACCACGAUGUGAAGUCGGCUACAGCCUUCUCGAGCAAAUCCGCGCUUUCAGAUGGCUACCACCAAGCGCGCGACCAGCAGGGCUAUAGUUCGGCAGACUGGAGCCACCCCAGUUACGGCAUGAGUGCCCGCGCGGCAGACGCUAAGGACUCGAUCGUGUCCAGUGCAAAGAACACGGCCCUCGAUGUGGCGGACACAGUGAGCGCACGUGCGGCAGAUGCGAAGGAUUCGGUCGUCUCCAGCGCCAAGACAGCUGGACACGAGAUGUCUACUGGCUACGCGGAGGGUAAGACACUUAGCCUGCAUCCGGAGCGCGCAUUGCGAAGCACGGCGGCAGCUGCGAGUGGAGUCAUCGGGGACGCGAAGGACUCGUUUUCGUCGGGUGCCAAGGCGGGCGCGGACUUGACGGCACAGGCGGCGGGGAAGGUCAUCGAUGUGACUGCCCCGGCGCUGUAUGCGGCCAAGGAUACGCUGGCCUCGGGUGCCAAGGCGACGGCACACGCCGCAGCUGCUGGUAGUAGCCAGCUCGCCAAGGGCACCGGCUUUGUCGCCGGAAAGGCUGUGAACGCCUUGGAAGGCGCGGCUGAUCUGACUGCCUCCGGACUCCAGGCGACGGGCUCUGUCCUCGCCGACGCGGGACGCACAGCGGCUGAGACUGCCGCGGAGGUGGCCGUGGACGCGAAGGACGCUUUGGCUUGUGGAGCCAAGGCAACCACGCACGCCGUGAGUCGAGCGGCGGGUGCUACCGUUGAGGGUGCCUCGCAGCUUGCCGGCAAAGUCGCGGACGCGACCGCAACUGGCGCCAAGGCGGUGCUGAAUGCCGGCGCUAAGGCAACCGGUGCCGUACUCGGCGGCGCAGGACACCUCGUGGCCGAUGGGGGUCGUAUGACGGUUGCGGGAGUGAACAAGGCGGCGGAUUUGGUCGCUGAGGGCGCGAUUGAGGCCAAGGACGCGUUGGCUUCGGGUGCUAAGGCGACGCUGCACGGCGCGGAAGCCGUGCUCGAGGGUGGAGCCAAGGCCACAGGCGUGACGGCAGGUUGGCACCGGGCACCUGAUCGCUGA